GGACCAGCCCGCGGUUGAAUCAGACGCGCACUCCAGAACCCCUCCCUCCCUCCCUCCCUCCCUCACUCCCCCCCUCCUCCCUCCCUCCCCGCCCGCGCAGCCCUUUUGGUCUGGACCUCUUGGCCUGGCCCGCGGCCCAUCGGCGUGUGGGGCCCCCUCUCAGGGCUGCAGGGCCUGCCUCCCGGCGCUGCCCGCCAGCAUGCCCGCCGGCGCCGGUGCGCGGCAAGCCGCCCUGGCGGCGCUGGCGGCGCUGGCCCGCGCCAGCCCUGGCGGCUUCGUGUACGACCCUGAGCAGAGGAUAGAGUCCGCCCGCUUGUUCGGGAACCUGAACAAGUAUGCCUAUUAUUUCACGGACGUCAUGGUGGGCCUGCCGGUGUCGCAGCGCACUUCGGUCAUCAUCGACACGGGAAGCAGGCUCGUGGGUUUCCCAUGCAGCCAGUGCACCCACUGCGGCGACCAUUUGGACCCCGCCUUCGACCUGACCAGCUCUGGGACCGCGAGAUGGUUCAAUUGCUCGACGUCCUGCCCCGGGUCUUGCCUCGACGGCCGCUGCCCGUACCGCGAGUCGUACGCAGAGGGCAGCACCGUCGCAGGGUACUGGUUCGAAGACUUCCUGGAGCUCGGAGACCCGGACAACCGGAACCCGCCCGUGCGCGAGAACCAGUGGAAUCCGGAGGUCCAGAUCGGUAAUUUCCGGAGAUUACCGAUCUAA